AUGGAGUUUGAUCUUGCAUAUUUUCAUGUGAAAAGAAUGGUAACUCUGGCAAAGCUCAUGGUAAUACAAACCACUUUUGAUAUGUGUAAAGUGCAGGACAUGAUCCCAAGGGAGUCACAGUGGGCAAUGACACAACAAAUCCUUGUCUUAGCAGAAGGCUUUGUCAGCAAAAAAGCUCCAAUGCACCAUGCUCCACACACGGAAGCUGCUCCUAGACAAUGCAUUGAGCUGCAUUUUGAUGAAAAAUAUUCCAUAGAGCCUUCUUGGGAGUGUAAAUUUGACCACAUUGAAGUACGAGAUGGACCUUUUGGCUUUUCCCCAAUCCUUGGACGUUUCUGUGGACAGCAAAAUCCACCUAUGAUAAAAUCCAGUGGUAGAUUCCUGUGGAUUAAAUUUUUUGCUGAUGCUGAACUGGAAUCUAUUGGGUUUUCUGCUCGGUAUAAUUUUACACCUGGUAGAUCUUCAAGGUGA